UCAAAAUGAGAGAUUUUAAAUAUAUUUUCACGGACGGACUUUUGUCCCCUAAGUAUAGGAAAUCGUUAUUAUAUGCUGCUAUAGCAUCCAUGGGUGCUGUUUUAUAUGGUUAUGAUGGUACAUAUUUCACCAGUGUCCUUGCAACCAAGAAGUGGGCAGAAGAUUAUGGCGAAAUUAACGCAGAAGGAGAAUAUCAUUUCAAUAGUUCAGAUAAAAGUUUAUCGACCUCAAUUGUCUUCGUUGGUGAACUUGUAGGCGCUUUAAGCUCAUCAUUUUUGGGUGAUUACUUCGGUAGAAAGGGUACUUUCAUAACGGCAUGUGCGAUGGGUGUAAUCGGUACAAUUCUGCAAACAGUCAUGACUGGAAACCUUCCUAUCUUUGUUGUCGGUAGAAUGGUUCUUGGUAUUUGUGUUGGUAUUAUGAGUAACGCGACCCCACUCUACCUUAGUGAAAUUGUCCCUGUAAACUUACGUGCUAGUGUAACCGGUAGUUUCCAGUUGCUGCUUGCGACUGGUCAAGUUAUUGGUGCUGCAGUUGGUAUCGGCUCAAAAGAUCGUACAGACACGGGUGCUUACAGAAUCCCUAUCUGUAUAAACUUGAUUUUUGUCUUUAUGAUUUUCUUUGGUCAAGCAAUCAUCCCAGAAUCACCUCGUUGGUUAAUCUAUCGCGACAAGACCGACAGAGCUGAGAAAGCACUCUGGAAAAUCCAUGGAGAUAGACCAGAUGCAGCAGAAUGUGUUAAGGAGGAAAUGGAGGUUUUCAACCAGACAAAAGAUGACGAGUUGCAGUCAUCAGGUAAAGAUGCUACUUGGGGUACCGUUUUCAAAGGAGGAAAUGCACGCAAGCUAUUUGUAAUAUGCGGUAUCCUCAUCUGCCAACAGGUUUCUGGUAUCCAGAUCGUUUUUAGUUAUAUCACCGUCAUCGCACAAGAUUUAAACAUUGGUGAUGAGUUUAUUAUUACAAUUGGUGUCUGUUUGGUCGAACUCUUUGGUGUUAUCAUCUCAUUCUUCAUCGUCAAUAGGUUUGGAAGACGUCCGCUGCUAAUGUCGACUGGUGCUUGCAUGUCAGUCUUCUUGCUUAUCAUGGGUUUGCUUGGCGUUGGUAACUACACGAAUGAAGCUAUGGCACCAACCUACAACAAAGUCGUCAUCGCUUUCUAUUUCCUCUUUACUUUCGUAUUUAACUUGGCUUGGGGACCUCUCGCUUGGGUCUGUGCUAGUGAACUUUCUAGUGGUCGUGUCAAGAACAAGAUUAUGUCUCUUGGUACCGCCUGCUUCUGGAUUUCUGCUUUCGUAGUCACUUUCACCUUACCAUACUUGUAUGAUGAUGAACCAGGUAAAGCAAACCUUCAAUCAAUGGUAUCCCUCAUCUAUGGUUUCCUCUGCUGUCUCACUGUAGUCUUCGUCUACUUCUUCCUUCCAGAGACACGCGGCAGAACACUCGAAGAGAUUAACACGUCACUGGGACGAGUACGACACUAGCAAGAUGAUAGUUCCUAACGAAAAAAGACAUAGAUUCAGUGGUGACAUCCCAGAGCACCUUGAAAAUCUCGAGAACAAGGAGCAUGACAACAAGCUCAUGAAAUUAGAUAAUGCUUAGAA